AUGGAAUGCACUGACCUUGGAAGUUCGGAUGAUGGCUCGAGCGUUGAAGAGGACAACGCGGGCCUAGCAUAUGCCGAUGAACCUUUGGCUGACGACGAGUGGCUACAAAACUACAACAGGCAAGAAAGAGAACGGCUAGAAUUACAAGAAAAGCUAGGGAGAAGACUGGAUGGUUCUGUUGAAGUGAGCGAGUGGUAAGUAUUUGGUAAACAUCGAUAAAAUUCGUGUUUGUUUCGGAUUAUUAAUAUCGAAUAUAUGCGAGGAAAUUUUAUGAUUUCUAUCUAUAAAUUUCGAAUGUUUUUCUCCUUUUUUAUCACAGGUGCAAUUGUGGGAAUUGUGACAUAACCUUACUAACAAAUAAUAGUGAAUGUCAUUGUUGUUUUGAACUGGAAGGAUGCGAGGAAGCUAUGAAUCGCGAAGAAGUCAUACAGGAUCUCAAAGCCGAAGGCGUGCAAAAUGCGAAGUGUGUAACACAACACCCGGGAUUCAACCCCGUAUGCUAUACCAUGCCUAAAUCACACCAGUGUUUCCAAAAAAAAAUUAAAGCACGCGUGCUAUCGUGCCUAAUUAACCUGACAUGGUUAUAGUAUAUAGGUGGUUAGAUAAUACAUUUCAACAGAUGAUAUUGUUGCCUAAUUGCGAUAGAAAAUUGUAUUACAGUGAUAGAUAUGGCUGUGCCAGAGUGCUUUCGUGCCUUGCGAUGGAAAAUGGUAAUACAGUGAUAGAUAUGGUUGUGCCAGAGUGCUUUCGUGCCUUGCGAUGGAAAAUGGUAAUACAGUGAUAGAUAUGGCUGUGCCAGAGUGCUUUCGUGCCUUGCAAUGGAAAAUGGUAAUACAGUGAUAGAUAUGGUUGUGCCAGAGUGCUUUCGUGCCUUGCGAUGGAAAAUGGUAAUACAGUGAUAGAUAUGGCUGUGCCAGAGUGCUUUCGUGCCUUGCAAUGGAAAAUGGUAAUACAGUUAUAGAAAUGGUUGUGCCAGAGUGCUUUCGUGCCUUGCGAUGGAAAAUGGUAAUACAGUGAUAGAUAUGGUUGUGCCAGAGUGCUUUCGUGCCUUGCAAUGGAAAAUGGUAAUACAGUGAUAGAUAUGGUUGUGCCAGAGUGCUUUCGUGCCUUGCGAUAGCAAAUACCUAGUAAUACAGUGAUAGAUAUGGCUGUGCCAGAGUGCUUUCGUACCUUGCGAUGGAAAAUUGUAAUACAGUGAUAGAUAUGGCUGUGCCAGAGUGCUUUCGUGCCUUGCGAUAGAAAAUGGUAAUACAGUGAUAUAUAUGGCUGUGCCAGAGUGCCUUUGUGCUUUGCGAUAGAAAAUUGUAAUACAGUGUACAGUGAUAAACAUGGCUGCAUUUUAUUAUUUUUGCCAUGGAGACGCACGUUGCGACGAAAUUGGAUACCCAUACUCUGGACUGCAAUUUUCAAAGGACAUUCACCGCCUGGCAAAUAUUCGGCAUUGUAAACCGAGUUGCGGGUUAUCGUAGCCAAUAAUAUUCGAGCUUAUACCUCGCGCGUCACACGGUAUAUUAAAUUGACCUGACUGGCUCUCAUUGUUACUGUCAAAUUGCAAUUGUUAGCAAGUGGAAACGUUUGUUCCUAUUACUGUUUUCGAGUCUGGAUAAGUUCUUGUGCGCAAAGUAAGUGCAAUGAAUAACAUAUAUACUGUGACUUUUGUUUACCCGUCAUUUGUUAUUUUUAUAAACAUUUAUGUGUGGAGCCUACAUAUCUUUUUACAGUAUGACUGCACCAUCCACAUCACAGUCUCCAAUUAAAGGCCUCUCUGUUAGGGAAAACGAAAGUGGAAAUCGCGCACUUCACACAAAAGUGCAAAAAAAUCGCUACCGUUGUAUAUCAAAUUUCUACUUCGAUUUGAAGGCGUUCAUAAACUUUCCGUGUAUCGAUCACAUCAAGUACAAUGGUUUUAUUGUUGAUGUUCAUCGAAUCGAUGGUGUAUCAAU